AUGACGGAUGCGGCUGCCAAACUUGAAGAGCAACGAAGACGAAACAGACUCGCCCAGCGAAGACGCCGAGAGAGACAACGCAACCGGACCGCCAGCAUCAACUCCAUCGGCAACGACGCCCUGCCGACGCUCCUGGCCGAGGACCAGGACCAGCAAUCUUCAGACAAGACGUGGGAGUUUGCGGUUGACACCACCUUCUUCGACCCUGCGCUGGAUGAACAGGAUGAGAUCGCGGACCACUGUCUUCCCAGCACGCCUCCGCUCAGCGCCGUCGCCGAGGUGCACCACGCUGCGGGGGGACACGCCGACACCGCGGACCCGGCGAGGCUGGGAGUUGGGCCCGAGUCCAUCGUCAAGGGUCUCCUGGACGGGCGGAUGGUGUCCGCCGCCGACGCGGGCACGUCUGCGAGUCUGGGGAGUGCCUCGCCCAGUCCGCUGCAUCAGUUUCUGAUGACGCUCCAAAAGGGAGACGGAGAAUUAUCGCAGGAUUCGUACAGUCGACUGCUGGCCAUGAUCCCGCAGACGCAGCAGCAGCACCAGCGCUACGACAGCGGCCCGGCGGCGGCGGCGGCGGCGGCGUGUAAACUUCAACAGCCGCUGCACGGGCCCGACUUCAUGCAGCAGCUGGGUAACGAAGCACCCACCGUCUGCUUCAGCACGGCCGGCGGGUACUCCGAGGCGAGCGGAAGCGGGAUCCUGUCGUGGACCCGCUCCGAGUCGCGUCCGCCGACCGCCACCACCAGCCGGAGCGUCAUCGGCAGCGGCGGAGGGCCGUCAUCCUCCUCCACCGCUGCUUCCUCCUCCUCAGCGCAGCAGCAAGAGGUGGUGUCCCUCGAGCGAAUCCGGGAGUUUGUCGAGGACGCGGGUUUCGAGAGCCUCGAGGCCAUGAUGGCCGCGUAUUACAGCGCCAACCUCGGCGUGGUUGGAGGAGGUGGCAACGGCCAGCGUCCACCGGUGCAGGCGGUCGGCCGCUCCCGGCGCCUCCGCGGGUUCUUGUCGGCGAUACACCGCAGCCACGUUGAAUGGGGUGCGCAGGAGCGGGCGGCGUACCGCGAGGAGAUUGUGCGCGCGGCCGAAGGCAUCUACGCCGACGAACUGGCCGGCAUGGUGCACGGCGCGGCGGCGACCGGCCCGGACGGCUCGGACGGCAAGUUGCGCAUCAUGUCCAUGGCUGGCGCGGGCAGGCCGACGGCAGAGACGAGCAGGGUGUACAUUGCGCAUCGCAUCCAUAGCCUGGUCUCGGACCCGGACAUCCAAGAUUUUAUGAAAAAGGACCGCAAAGACCUGCAAGACACGGUGGCCGAUACGUGGUCACUCAUCACGCAGCUCAUACACAACACGGGACAAUCACCCCAGCAAAAGGCCUCCAACGCCUGUAUCAUACUGUAUCUGCUCACGUCACCGGCGGUGUAG